AUAUCUGUGGUCGCUACUUCUAUGAAUGCAGCUGGGUUUUGUGUCUUGACUGGUCUCGCACAUAUUUGCGGAAAAGUUUAUAUAUACGUAGUGGCAUAGAAAUUUAAACAAAUUAUUGAUUGUAAUCGUCUAGGAUACAAUAUAUAAUUGUAAGGGUUUCACGAACACCGAUUAGAAUGGCUGCAACAACAAACGACACAACAGAAGAACGCCGUCGUCGGGUUUUACUUGGACCCCUACCAGCUGGUUUCCUACGAGCGGAUUCAGAUGGACCGGCUGAAUCUGUUGAUGUAGAUUACGAAGCUGCACUGGCUCUGCAGCAGCAGCUUUGUGGAGCUACAAUGCCACCAGCUGGACCUCCGCUGACUGCUCGUCUCAGUGUAACCAUAGUACAAGCUAAGCUGGUAAAGAAUUAUGGUCUAACCCGCAUGGACCCCUAUGUUCGUUUGCGCGUCGGUCAUUGCAUAUAUGAGACACAGACAGACCCAAGUGGGGGUAAAACACCUAAAUGGAACAAGAUGAUACAUUGUCUUCUGCCUCCCGGUGUUAAUUCCAUUUACCUGGAAAUCUUCGAUGAGUGCUCUUUCACUAUGGACGAACUGAUUGCCUGGACUCACAUACAGAUACCCGCUGCUGUACUCAAUGGUGAAACACACGAAGAUUGGUAUCCAUUAAACGGCAAGCAAGGAGAUGGAGUGGAGGGGAUGGUCAAUCUGGUAUUAAGUUACUCUGUUGGCCCAGCAGCAGUACCAACGUUCCCGCCAGUUCUGGUGGUGCCAUCCACGGGUAUGGGCUAUGCCACUAUGCCAAUGUACCCAGCAGGAACUCCCCAUACCUACCCGCAACAGCAGCCGCAGCAACCCCAACAGCCACAACCCAUUACGGAGGAAGAGCUUGCUCAGAUCUACGAAAUGUUCCCAAGCAUCGACAAGGACGUGAUAAAAUCAGUGGCUGAAGUUAACCGCGGGAACAAAGAAGCGACAAUUAACUCGUUACUUCAAAUGUCAGAAUAAUCAAUGUAUGCCUUAUAAUCAUGUUUAAGAAUCAUUAAUAUUAAACAGUAGAAUUACCUGGAUUCCUAUAUUUUAUCCAUAAUUGUGAAUUUUACCACAUUGCGGAAAAAAGUCCCCUUCGUAUGUGUGUAUAAAGGGAGGAAAAUCACGAAUUAAUUCAAUUUUCAAAAGGAUAACUGACGAUUUUGUAAAUUGACUGAAAUUACGGAUUAAUCACAGAGUUAAUUAAUAUACAUUUAAAUGUAUAAUUAGAUAUACACAGAUAACAAAAACCGUGUGAAAUGGUGACAUACUACUUAAAGUAGAGAAUUUUGGCCAAAGACCUUGCAUCCAGGUCAUGUAGAUAUUUAAAAAAACGAAGAGAAUCCAUGAAAUUCUAAUUUCAAACUCUUAUAUCUCAGUUGAUAGAUAAUCCUGAGUUCAUAACCCUUUAAAGGUGAACUACCCCAGGCAGAUUCCGAAACUAUAUUAUUAUUUUUUAAUUAAAAAAAAAUAUACUACUAUGUUUAUAUUCACAAGGUUUUUGUUAUUACCAUUAAAUGCCUUAUUCGCAAAGAUAGCUUUUCCGUUAGGUCGUAGUCGAAAAUCGCUAGCAAAUUUGUAUUUUUUACGUGCUCAUUUAUCAAGUAGUUUUAAUUUGUAUAAGAUUUUUUAAAUAAAAUUUCAUAUGCCAUUAUAGCCUUAUAAAUAAAGUUAUUUAUUAGCACUAUGCACCCUGCACUUUACGUAUCCGUGACGGCCCAAGCCGAGGUUCGAGUCUCACAGGAGACUCGAGAAAAACGCCCAGUCCAGCUUAUAGCCAAGCCAUACGCUUGCCAAAACAGCCCGAGCUGAGCUGUAAAGGCUAACAGAUUUCCAAAAAAAAACAUCGGCUCUGGUCAAGCAUGAACCUCCAGCCGAGCAAUACUGUGCUUUUUGCUUUCAGUGGUUAAUUCCUAUGGCUUGGAGAUGCUGCUCAUCCAGCCUAAACAAAAAAAUCUACUUAAGUUUAGUUGGAGGAAAUAAUAUAAUUACGAAAAGCUAUAUAAUUUUUUUUAGUUUAUUAUUGUUUAUUAGAUAUCUAACGGCAAACAAGUUACACUGUUUUUAUAUGUUUAUUAGAUUGGUAAUAUGGCAAGCUGAAUAUGUGCCAAAUGAUUUGCCACGCUUUAUUUGUAUUAUACCUGUUAUAUUUCUUUAUAAUUAAAUAUAAAUGAUUUAUGAAGUA